AUGCUAAGGGUAAAACUCAUGUUUGGUGCUUGGGUUCUCCUUCUCUUGGCCGUUGUACGUGCAGAUGCAGAUGCACAGCUUCAAAGAAAAACCGCCAAUCUCGAAGAAUGCAUCCAUCCACAUCCCAACAGCUGCAAUUUCUACGCACAAUGUCUCGAGUCCAAGUACCACUGCGGAUCAUCCGGCUACCCAAUCGGGUUUGGACAGAGGUUCUGUGCAAAGUCCCUCAUCUGGAAGCCAAAGAUGAGCCCUUCAGGUCAGAAAUGGAUUACAGAGACGAUGCUGUGCUUGCAAGAGCAGCUGGUGCCGUUCGCUAACGGGUCCGAGAGCUCGAGCUGUGGUGAGCUGGAAGAGUACGCUCUAGGCACCCAUGCUGGGUGCUAUGUGAAGAGUGGCGUAUGCACUCUGCCAAUUGAGGACUGGGGGAAGAUCUUGGAGAUCGUCUUUCCGGCUCUGGUGUCUGAUCCUGAGAAUUUCCAGUCGGCGUUUUCUACUGCUAGGGACUGUGUGAUGUUGUAUAUUUGGUUGAUUGGGAAGGAAAUCCUAUGA